CGGUAUAUAAGGGUGUUUGAUACGGGAUUUUGACAGAAACACGCAGCCCGCUACCGGCUUAUCUGUGUACGUGUCCCUAGCAGUACCAACGAUGGGUGCAUCUCCUUCGAAACCCGCUGCUCCCGAGAGCACCUCCAAAUCCGUCGAGUCCGUCUUCGAGGAGAAGUGUUCCAUCCGUUCUCUGCCUAGGCACUCCGUUCUCGACCUCCAUGCCGCUCCCAAGUCCGCCACUGGCGCUGUGUCUCUCGACAACGUCUCGACGUGGGAAGGCAUUGCCGCUGCUGAUGACAAGAUCCAGCUCGCUCGCACCGUCUUGGCUCACAAUAAUGUCAAGACUUUGACUUCUCGGAAUGCCCAAAUUGCCAUUCCGCAUGUCUUUAACACCGAGGUCGACUUCAAGACUGGCCCUGUAACUGACCAGAAGUCGAGUGGCCGCUGCUGGCUGUUCGCUACCACCAAUGUUCUCAGGUUCGAAAUCAUGAGGAAGCUCAAACUCAAGGAAUUCCAGCUCUCUCAGUCUUACCUUUUCUUCUGGGACAAGCUGAACCGGUCUAACUACUACCUCGAGCUUGCCAUUGAGAACUCCGAUCUCCCCGUCGACCACCGUUUGGUUGACUUCCUGUCACGCGACCUCAUCAGUGAUGGAGGUCAGUGGGACAUGGUGGUGAACCUGCUCGAGAACUACGGAGUUAUUCCUCAGACUCUGUUCCCUGAAACCCUGCAUUCGUCUUUGUCCAGCCCUUUGAACAAGCUCCUCAAGACGAAACUUCGUGAACAUGGCCUGACUCUUCGGUCUAUGUCUGAAUCACUCCGUGCAGAUCCGACCAUCUCUUCCGAAGCUGCCAUUGCGACACUCCGGGCCAAGAAGGAGACGCUCAUGCAGGAUGUGUAUACGAUCAUGACCGCGACGCUGGGUGUGCCACCGAAGCCCAAUGUUCCGUUUACGUGGGACUAUUAUGAUGAGGACGGGAAGUAUCACAAUUGGACCGGAACGCCGCUCGAAUUUUACCAUGCUUUCAAGGGCAAAUACUCACCGGCGGAUAGUUUCUCCUUGAUUAACGACCCGAGGAACGAGUUCACAAAGCUAUACUCGGUCGACAAGCUUGGUAACAUUUGGGGUGGCCGCCCUGUCCUUUAUGUCAACACCGAGAUAGAGAACUUGAAACAGGCUGUCAUCAAGUCUAUCAAGGCUGGGCACCCUGUGUUCUUUGGCUGCGACGUCGGUCAAUUCUCCGAUUCAGCUAACAGCGUCGGCGUGAUGGAUAUCGACCUUUUCGAGUGGGAGAAGACGUUCAAUAUCACACUGUCCAUGACCAAAGCCCAGCGCCUGGAGACAAAUGAAUCUGCCAUGACCCACGCUAUGGUCAUCUCCGGCGUUCAUAUCGAUGGCAAUGGCCGACCUGUCCGCUUCAAGGUCGAGAACUCGUGGGGCCCUGAUCGCGGAGAGAAAGGUUUCAUGGUUAUGAGUGAGAAGUGGUUCAAUGAAUUUGUAUACCAGGUAGUGGUGCAUAAGUCACUUGCACCUCGGGAAUUGGUGAAGGUCUUUGAGUCUGAUGAACGCAUCGUACUGCCAGCUUGGGACCCCAUGGGCGCGCUCGCAUGACCAGCGUACCUUCAUGAUCACGACAAACAC